AUGUCGGGACCGAGCGAAAGCAACGUCGCACGGUACCGCGGGCAUGUCAACAGCAUCAACUGUAUGCAAGUGAUUGACGACGCCACUGAUGCGGGAGAGAACCUCAAGACUACAUACAUCUUCACAGGAGGAUACGAUCACACGGCUCGAUGCUUCAAUGCUGAAACGGGAGAGUGUCUGUUUGUAUAUCGAGGGCACAGGUCAUUCGUGUUCUCCCUCAGGGUAGCGGUUGAGACGGAGGAGGCCGAGGAGGCCAAGGGGAUCAAGGGACACAGCCGAUGGUUCAUGUACACGGGAUCUUACGAUGGGACAGUCCGGCGAUGGGACGUGGCGACGGGGCAGUGUGUGAAAGAGUACGAGCUGGAGUAUGGCGAUGAGAACCCGAGGUUUCGGGCAGGGAUAGUGCUGCUGGUGGAGGUAUGCGAGCAUCUGUUCUUCACGGUCACGUCAGACAAGGUGCUGAGAGCAUGGCGAAUCAAAGAUGGCGAGAUGGCAUGGGACUCGCACGACCACAAGGACAACAUCACAGGCAUGCAGCUCAGAAAGAAGUCUGAGAAAGCUUCCAUCCACGAGCUCGUCGAGCUUCCUGCCGAGUUGUUCACCUGCUCUGCCGACAAGACCGUGAGGGUCUGGGAGCCUCAGACAGGCUCCUGCAAGCGCGUCCUCCGCUUCGACACACAGCCGCUCUACGCCAUGUUCGUGCAGACCGACGGGCAACUGUUUGUGGGGGCAGGAUCAACAAUCCUGCAUUGCGACUCGGAGAGUGGGGAGGGCAUUCGCUCUUUCACGUGCCAUACUGGAGCUGUGAAGGCGCUGUGGGGGGAGGACGGACGGGUGUACGCGGGGACGGGCAUGGUGUCGGUGCAAUUCAACGUCAAGACCGGGCAGAGGGAGCGAGUGCUGGGGGGCCACUCGAGCGUGAUCACGUGCUUGCAGCUUCACGACAAGACUCUCUACACCACUGGCGACGACUGUGUGUGCACGUGGGAUACGGAGCCACUGCUGUUCUGCUGCAUGGACGGAAACCUCAAGCUCCUGCGCGUCCUCCUGAGCGGGACCAACGACGAAGAGCCGGCGGACGUGGAGAUGAAGACUGGGUCAGGGAACAGCGCACUCCUCCUCGCGGCCAAGGCUGGCCACAGCGACAUCAUCGAAUCCCUCCUUAUGUACAGCGCUGACGUGCAAAGAAUGUCGCGGGCAGGAGAGACAGCUCUGCACUGCGCGGCUCUGGCGGGGAUCGAGCAGGGCGUGUUGGUACUGCUCAAGGCUGGAGCGAACCCCAACUUCAGCACGCCGAACUCCAACUUCAAGGAUAGUUACUUUCGCACUCCCGUUCACAUCGCUGCCAUGACGCUUCUCUACACGCGAUGUCGCGACCCCAACCUUGGGGUCACGUUCGAAGCUGACUUCACCGUCAAGGACAUGACCGGCAUGACAGCGCUGAAGCUCGCCAAGGACUGGGAGUGCAAGCGGCUCAUCUGGAAGAGGUACAUGGAGCGAUGGGCGAACAAGUCGAUUGCUCUCAAGGCGCUCGGGGUGAAGUUGGAGAUCCCGCCAAUGGAAGACAAGUGGAGCAGGAAGAGAGGAUAG